AUGCCCAACUCUUGGGACUACCUCUCCGAGAAGGAUUUCAACGACAUGGACGAGGCGGAGCUGGAGGCAGAGAUUGCUCGGGAGGAGGCUGCGUUGAGGGCGGCAGCCGAGUCUGCAAACGCUUCGGCACCGCCUGCGGCCACCACCGACCACGCUGCCACGAGCUCGCCAGGCCAGGCCACAGCCGCCAGCAGCGAGGCUGACGUCGACGUGGCCGGAACCAGCGCCAGCAGCACGCCACCGCUGGCGCAGGUGCUGCGGAGGCUGGACAAGUUGGAGAAGAUGGAGGCGGACAAUGCCAGGCUGAAGGAAGGCAAAGCUGAGGAUCGCGGCGGGCCUGCGCCUGCUGUCCCUGGAGCCCCGCACCCGCCCCGCCGAUGCCCCGACGACCGAGCAGCGCUGGCCACCGGCAACGACCUGAUGAGGCUGGACUCCCGGUUCCGCCCCGCUGGCAGCGGCAGCACCACCCUGGACUCUGCGCUCGCCGCCAGCGCCAGACGCCGCGCGGACCUGGCAAGCCUGUCGCUGACCAGCGCCGACCUGCAGCGCCAGGUGGAGCUCAGGAAGGCGCACCUGGCGGUGAAGCAGCGCGGCGUGGACAUCUGCGUCAUGGUGGACUGCACCGGCUCCAUGGGCAGGUGCAUCGCGGCGGUGAAGCAGCAGGCCCUGGCCAUCAUGUCCCUGGCGCCCACCAUCCACCCCGACGCCAUCACCCGCCUGGCCUUUGUGGGCUACCGCGACUUUGGCGCCGAGGCGGGCGAUGGCCAGCACGUGGUGCACGACUUUGUGGACAAGGACAGCUUCAGGCAAGAUCUGACAUGCGCCCUGCACAGCACCAUUUAUGCUGUCAACGCCAACGGGGGAGGCAACGCGGAAGAUGUCACGGGCGCGCUCAAGAAAGUGACAGAGCUGUCCUGGGCCUCCAGCACCCGCCUGCUCAUCCAUUUUGGGGACGCGCCGUGCCACAGCGACCGCUACCACAACGGCCGGCCCGUCAACGGCCCCGACAGGUACCCUCAAGGCAACCCAGACGGCCUGGUGCCAGAGGACCUGCUGAAGGUGCUGGUGACCAACCGGAUUGACUACCACUUUGCCUGCAUCCGUUCAGACACCGACAUCAUGCAAGGCAUCUUCAAGGACGUGUACGCCGCCUCGCCCGGCGCCGCCGCCUUUGAGGCGCAUGCGUACACCGACCAGACCAACGACUUUCUUCCCCUGGUGGUCAACAGCGUGACCAGCUCCAUGCGGCGCUCCUACAGGACCUCCUCCUCCUCAGGUGCAAGCAUGGCCAGCCAGGGGACCAGGGGCGUUGAUUAA